AUGGAACCGCAUACAUCACCUCGUCGACGAAGGACAGUCUCGAUCACCCGUCGAGCGCAUCACCGAAGGGGUAGCGUAGCAAAUGAGCAGACAAAUGCUCAUGUUCCUACUUUAAAAGGUCUUGGGAAAUCAGACUGUGAAGUCAAGAUAGUUAGUGUUUUGGAAUGCGAAACUCUAGUCCCAGUCGAUGCUUUGUUCGACCGUUCUUCCUCACUGGAUGUCAAUGAUAUGCAACAAGUACUCGAUGAUGCACGAUCAUCUUCACCGAAUCCCAUGAGUGAUAGUUUGCACUCUUUGUCUGGAUCGCGGACCGCUCAAGUCCAAAAAGCUCUCCGAAGACCUGUACUUGCAUAUAAGCCGAUUACAGACCUUCGCCGCCCUUCACAACAAUUCUUGCAGUCUAACUCACCUCGGGAAUAUGUCAAUGAUGCAACUCUCAGAAGAUUGACCUCGAACAAAUGGGCAGUCCGCAAGCAAGCAUUCGCCGGCGGGAAGCAGGACGGAUCGCGCCUUCUGAAGCAGAUCAGAAAACAAAUCAUCUUUUCAGCGACAUGUCGAAAGAAUCUCAUGAAUACUACAAUCAGUACACCAGAAAUCUACGGCAUCAAGACACCCAAAGCAGGAGGGGUCGUGGGCAAUAUUGUGGUGGAUAUGGAAUAUAUACCUUUUCACGACGUCUGCCAUAUCGUGUUAGAGCACGACAAGUCAAUUCAUGAAUGGUUGAUAGAGAGUGCGAUCUCGAUUGUGGAUUACGAGUUAACGCAGUGCACGACAACACCCUUGAAGGACGUCCUACCAGGCUUUUACUCCAAGGUAAAGAGCAUCCAGGAGGCUCUUCCAAAGUCAGCACUUUUGAGUGAGGAAGAGAUCAAGCUCAUAAUGGAGCAAUUUAAUCAGAUUCUUGAGCAUUUUGCUGCUCAGCCUGAAAUUCCAGUGCCUGUUGGAACUUGUCACGGUGAUCUGACUUUCCAAAACAUGCUCGUGGAUCCCGUCAAUCGCGAACUAUGUGUGUUUGAUUUCUUGGAUUUGUUCUUGGAAUCGCCCCUACAAGACAUAGCGAAACUGCUCCAGGAUUGCCGUCACCACUGGUUUUUGACUCAAAUUCACGUCCCAGACAAGGGACUUGCUCGCUCUGUCACAACUCUCGGUGUCUUCUAUGAUCGAAUAUACAGCGCGUAUUACAGAUACGCAUUCUGGGAUGUUGUGCCUCUGUUUGAGUUCUUCUGUCUUGCCAGAAUUCUGCCGUAUAUGACUACUUUGGUUGAGAAACAGUGUAUCAUGGCGGGGUUGCAGAGGAUAUCUGAGGAUAUAGCCUUGCUUUCUGAGAAGAUCGAGGAAGACGAGCUGACCUUAAUUGGAAGUUUAUCCUCAAAUGAAGGAGCAAACAUCUUUGAGGAGAAAGACAGGAAGACCACGGUUAUUAUACCAGCUUUAGGCCCUGAUAUGGGAGAGCUCUAUGCAGAUGGACAAAUUAAACUGCUCGCUCUCAAUCCAUCUGGUCGUCCCCUCAUAGUUGACAGCAUCUCCUCCCUCGACUUCCGAAACGUGAGUACAAUCGUAAUCGCAGUCCUCGAAUCGCUAAUACUUCAACACUGCGGCACCAAAUCAUAUUUUGAAUCCCUCUUCUCUUCCCUUCCCGUCUCAACACUCUCACUCAUCCACUUCCACUACGCUAAGACUCCCACGGUCGACGCAGUCGACACUGUAACAUCAACCAUCAUCAGCCUCUCCACCACGGGACCGAUCUUCAUCAAAGACGCCGACAACGAUUUCACACACUGCAUUGACAUCGGUAACUACCUCACCUACCGCUCAAUCGUCAAAGUCCCCUCUCAUACUCUGUCACCGCUUGCUCAAUGCGAAACGCCGAAAUGGGACGGAAGACCCGACCUCAUCGACGCAACGCGCAAAUCCUACGUAAGUUUCAGUUACGACAACAUAAUCAGCAAUAUUGCCUACGGCUCCUUCGUGUCAUCUCAAUUCUGCUGCGGAGGAUGGUCCUUCACUUCAGCGCAAGACUUCCUCGCUGCGGCGACGAAGUUGAAAGCUAGUGUUCAAGGCACUGAUAUUGGGGCAGACGGAAAAGAAGGCGGAAUAAGGGGAAGUUUGAAGGUGUUGGAUGUCCUGUGGCAGUUGGUUUGUGAUGGGCAGUUGUUUUUCGGGGUUAGUGUUGGGGAGUAUGAGGAUUGGGGGUCAAAGAUGGCCUGGGAGGCUCAUGCGAAGAGGGGGAGGGAGAAGCGGGAGAGGGAUGAAAGGGGAGUAUCUGGUUGGGGAGGAUGGUUUGCCGGGUUGGUGGGUCUGUCUAUUGCAUCUUGAAGUGAGAAUGUUCGGUUGGUUUGAAGGAAUUGUGCGAGAAAAUGGUUCGAAGAGUUGAGGGUUUUUAAGCAAUC